AUGCAGCAGCAGCAGCAGCAACAACAUCAACAGCAAAGUAAUUCCUCCCGUACAAUAGAUGCCCGACCGACGACAAAUACACCAAUUGCGCCGACCCUAUCGUCCCAGGAUCGCUCCUCCGCUGUCCAGAGACCCAUCCCGUCCAUUCCUUCGCAGGAUUCAAGUCUGUCUACCGAGUCUGUCAGCGUCUUCACGCCGCCUGCCAGCCAAGGCGACAUGCCGGGAGGAAACGCCAACGGCCACACCUCCAGCCAAGAGUCGCAAUUACUCCAGCUGUCGCACAUCGCAGCCGCCCAGGACAAGUUGGCCGAGGAUAAUGUCAUGGCGACGGCGCGCAAGCGUAUGGCCGACGGCGCCCUCAAGGAGGACACCUCCCCCGUCCGUAUCGGCCACUCCAGGAACACGAGUACUGUGAGCAUGGCCUCCACAACAGCCAGCAGUGUUGGCGAUUGGUCGACUGACCUCAAGACGCGUCUGUCGUAUGCAAUGCUCAAGGUGAACCACGGCUGGCAGUCCCAUUCAAUAGACGAGGUCGAGUCCAUGGCCUCCCAAGCCGCCUCUCCCACAUCGAGCCAUUCCACCUUGCACGGCCGCCACGAGCCUUCGGCCAGCCCGCGCGCCAACAUGGCUCGCUAUGCUCCCACCAGCGCUGCCACCACGGCAAGCUCCAACCCAAGUCCCGCAACCUACGAGUCCUUCUGGAAAGAGGGACAAAGAUCUGCCUACAGCUCAACCUCUCCACCCGCCCCCUCUCAGAACGCUCCCGCCCUCGCACCGCCGGCUCCCAUCCAGCCCUCGAAGCCCAUGCACAACCCUCGCCGCAAUUCAAAUCCCCGAUAUACACCGACCCUCCUCUCCCACUCCCACAGCGCGUCGCCACAUACGCCCAGCCAGCAGAACCACGGCGCAACGCCAAAUCAGAGGUUAGGCCGGACUCCGCUCCUCGACCCCGUCCUCUUCUCACCUCACCAAAACGUUAGGGAGCAGGACGCCAUCGAAUCUCUCCUCUUCAUGAGCAGCCCCGGAAACUCGGCCAACAUGAAGAACACGUACUCGUCGUCCAUGGCAACAUCCAACAUGCCGGGCCGCCACGCCUUGCCGGGAUCCCAACCCCGAAAAAGCCUGCCGUCGCAGCGGCCCAUGCCGCAGAAACGCGUCGGUUUCGAGAAGAGUCCCGGGGCCAUGACGGCGGUGAGCGACAUGGACAUUGACUCGCCUCAGUCGCGCGGCCCGACAAGGAGGCGUAUCAACGGCAGCGCCAGCUUCUCGGCCGGCUCCGGCCCCAGUAGCCUCCGUCCGCAACUCUCUCUGCCGGCGGCCCUCGGCAGCACCUCGCGGCCGCGGCCACGCUUGGCAGAUGCCGACAUUGAGCGGAUGAUUGAUCAGGCUGCUCAAGCCGGAGACAGCUCAGACGACGACGAAGAAAUUCAGAUUCCGCCGAGGAACCGGCCAGAAGGUGCUGUUGGCGUCUAA